AUGGCACACACUUCCAGAGUCAGAGUCUCUUCUGUUGUUUUGGUAGCUUCCCUAGCCCUUCACUUGUUUUUCCCAGAAUGUUUUUCUUCUUCUGUGCUCAUUGCAAGAGCAUCAGCUUCAGAAUCAGAUGUUGAUCUUUUAGAAUUUCCUCUAAACUUAGAAUACUUGGAGGCAGAGUUCUUCUUGUUUGGAGCUUUGGGUUAUGGGUUGGAUAUGAUUGCUCCAAAAUUGGCUGGGGGAGGAGACCCUCCCAUUGGUGCCAAAUUUGCCAAACUUGACAACCUUGUUAGGGAUGUCAUCAUACAGUUUGGUUUGCAGGAAGUUGGACACUUGAGGGCCAUAAAGAGCACAGUGAAAGGAUUCCCUAGGCCUCUGCUGAAUCUAAGCUCUUCAGCUUUUGCCGAAGUAAUGGAUGCUGCUUUUGGGAGAACUCUGAAUCCACCCUUCGAUCCCUAUGCUAAUUCAAUCAACUUUCUUCUUGCAUCUUAUGUGAUUCCCUAUGUUGGCCUCACUGGCUAUGUUGGUACCAAUCCACUGCUGCAUAAUUCUUCUUCCAGGAAGCUAGAACUGCUUUCUGGAAAAACUGUUAUAUCACGAAAUGAAUUACUUCUUUCGAGUCCAUCUUUACUCUUCAUGCUACACAAUGACAAUGUGCACAUGUUGCAUUUGCAUGAACAGCUUGUAGCAGGGCUUCUGGCAGUAGAGUCAGGACAAGAUGCAGUUAUUAGAGCAUUGUUGUAUGAACGCAAAGCGCAAUUGGUACAACCCUAUGGAGUGACUGUGGGAGAGUUCACAGAUCGCAUUUCAAACCUUAGGAACAAGCUAGGAAAAGCUGGUUUGAAAGACGAGGGUCUUGUGGUACCUAGAAAGGAUGGUGCUGAAGGGGAAGUUAGUGGGAACAUUCUGGCUGGUGACAAAGACUCACUGGCAUAUUCAAGGACCCCAAAGGAAAUAUUGAGGAUAGUAUAUGGAACAGGGGAUGAACAUGUCCCUGGUGGCUUCUACCCUAAAGGGGCAAGGGGUCGCAUAGCAACCUCCUACUUGAAGCAGAGCAUCUAA